AUGCAAGGAAUCGUACAGUUAACGUUUAUUCACGACAAAGAGGAUAUUCGAUGGUUGAAUGCAGGAAAUGCGGCGAGGCACCGCCACUCGAUCUUCACAGAUGUCGAACGUCGAGACAUGACCCUUGAGAUCGUCUCUUCUGUGCCCGAUCGGAAUCCCGACCAAGCAAUUGUUGAUCUAGAAAAAUUCGAGUUGAAUACCAGUUACUCAAAACCAUCCUCCCUUUUUCGGGGACCUUUUGGUGCUUUCAGAUGCUCACCACCGCUCCCGCUUGACCCAUCACCUUCCGAUAGAGACGAGCUACCGCUUUCAUCCAAUGACUGGUUUGAGCAGUUUGAGGAGCUGCCAAUAGAUGAAGAUUUCAACCAGACUUUGUUCAGUCUGGAUGCCCUAGAUGCUCUGAAUGCAGAUGACGGUGACGAUUUGACGCUAGAAGAGCCGAGUAUACAGCCACUUCAGAGUAUCGGGACGAACUUCCACGAGCCGAGUCUACAAGCACAGCUGAGUCCAUACUUAUCCGUGGGCAAUAUCGAGGGCUGGAGUCUCCUAUCUCAUUAUAAAGACCGAAUCAUCCCAUUGAUCUCUCCUUUGCGCCGUGGAAAAGAGACACCUUGGAUGAGUCUGGUAAUACCAUGCGCAAUGGCAACUUUGGCAGACCUGAUGAUGAGUGGGUCUUCCAACCAUGCACGGCUUGCCCUAUUAAAUGCCGUAUGGAGCACAAGCGCCUUUCACUUGGGAAAUAAUUCAGUGGGUUGCCUUGAGCAAUGGACAGUCUCGGGAGGGAUGUACUUGAAACGGGCCCAAUAUCACUUCCAACGAUGCAUGGAGGAAAGCUGUAUGUCGGCGACGAAGAUGAGCAAAUAUAAGGAGAUUCUCAUGGCAAUGCUGAGUCUUUCAAAUAUCUUUAUGAUAAAAGGAGACCCAGAAAUGCGCCGCGCUUAUCUCGUCCAAACAGAGAAACUCAUUUGUGUGAAGGGACUCAGCCAACCGGCGCUGUCAGCCAACAAAAGAGCAUUGCACCACUGUUAUGCUUAUAUGCGCAUUAUGGCUGAGACAACAUGCAUUGCUGAUAGAUUGAGCAUCAAGCCGGCCGGGACAAGCGGUACUUUGAACGAAAGCACAGCAUACGGAGGAGACUUCCGUGUUUACCCCAAUCAAAUCUUUUCGACGACCACAAUGAGCAUGGAAAAGGAUCCGGGGAUGGCCCAGCGUGACCUUCACCUGGCGAUACCCGGUCGAUGGAGCUCGACGUUGUUUCCCACACUGUACGGAAUCGAUGAAAUAUUUCUCAUGUUACUGUCCCAAGUGAUCCGCCUUGCCAACGAGCGAGAUUUGUCAAUGAUGUCUGAUGCAGCUGAAGGUAGUCUCAGUCUCAAAGAAUUUUGGACUCGAGCAAAGGGUCUGGAAAGGGCUAUCGAUCAUUUGCUAUCCACUGCGAACCCAAGUUGUGCUCAACAUUAUGAUGGAGCCCUUCCAGUAGUCAUGACUGCGACAGCUCAAGCGAUGUACACGGCCUUAUCAAUUUUCUUCCAUCGCCGAAUAUAUGAAAUUGAUCCUAUAAUGCUUCAGGGCAAUGUCGCUGCAAUUCGGGGCUACCUAAUCCAAAUCCAACAAGAGGAAGGCGAUCAUAAGGAUAGUAACAAUGCUGCUCUGAUCUGGCCGGCUUUUAUCACUGCUUGUGAGGCUGUUAGUCCCGAGUUACAGGUGUUCUUCUCCUUGUGGUUUGAUAAUUGCGCUCGGACGACAGCCUUGGUUCAUGCAUCGGUCGCUAAACAGAUAUUUGAGACAAUAUGGACCAAAAGGCGCGAUGUGAGCCUCUGUGGAGGAACAUUUAGCUGGCCAGAUAUUUUGCGGGAUGGGGAAAUUAAGUUUAUGUGCAUAUGA